UGAACUGCAGUUCGCGAUUCUUCUACCCCAGCGCUCUUGGCUCCUUGCUGUCUCUUAUUUACAGGGUACGGUCUACCUUUCCCUCACUUCCAACAUCGCGCCCGAGCUUCCACAGCAAGAUGAAGUUCUCCAGCGUCCUCCUACCGCUGCUCGCCGCCCCCUUCGCUGCGAGCGAACACACUUCCAACUGGGCUGUCCUCGUGUCCACCUCGCGCUUCUGGUUCAACUACCGCCACCUUGCCAAUGUCCUCAGUCUCUACCGCACCGUAAAGCGCCUCGGUAUCCCCGACUCGCAAAUCAUCCUCAUGCUCCCCGACGACAUGGCCUGCAACCCGCGCAACGCCUUUCCUGGCACCGUGUACAAUAAUGCAGAUCGCGCCUUGGACCUGUACGGCGACAACAUAGAAGUCGACUACCGAGGCUAUGAAGUCACAGUGGAGAACUUUAUAAGAUUGAUGACAGAUCGGGUUGGGGAGGAUAUGCCGCGGAGCAAAAGGUUGAUGACGGACGAGCGGAGUAACAUCUUGGUGUACAUGACGGGCCAUGGAGGAAAUGAGUUUUUGAAAUUCCAGGAUGCGGAGGAAAUCAGUGCAUUUGAUCUUGCAGACGCGUUUGGUCAGAUGUGGGAGAAGAAACGAUAUCACGAGCUACUCUUCAUGAUAGACACAUGCCAAGCAAACACAAUGUACUCCAAGUUCUACUCGCCCAACAUCCUCGCAACCGGCUCCUCGGAGAUCGACCAAAGCUCCUAUUCCCACCACGCAGACAACGAUGUUGGCGUCGCCGUCAUAGACCGCUACACGUACUACAACCUCGAGUUCCUCGAAACCCAGGUUCGCGACCCGACCUCCAAGUUGACAAUGGGCGACCUGUUCGACAGCUACGACGAGGAGAAGAUCCACUCGCAUCCAGGGAUACGGUAUGAUCUGUUUGAGGGAGGCGAGGAAGCCGCGCGGGACAGAAAGGUUAUGGAUUUCUUUGGCAAUGUGCAGAACGUAGAGGUUGAGGGUGGGACUAAGAAUGAAACGAUGUGGAAAGAGGACCUAAAGGCGAUUGAAAGAAUGAUUCUUGAGGCGAAGAGGAGGCAUAAUGAGAGUCUGCCCGUGACACCGCAGGCACAGCAUAUUGUUGAGGAGGUGAAGCCUGUCCAGAGUCUGAGGAGAGAGGCCGCUGUAAGGGUUGAUGGAGAGCAGGGGUGGACCAAGCAAACGUUCGGUGCUCUGGCGUUGGUUGGCUGUGCGGGGAUAUGGCUUGCUGGCAGUUUGUUUGAAUCUUUGUGAAGUACCAUAGUCUGCCUCAGAGCCAUGAUAUUUAUAGUAGCAGCAAGAUACCCAAGACAUACACGAUAUUCAUAUUCAUCCCGAUCACAGAUCUGAUGGCACACUAUGCACAAUCGUAUAUUUGCU